CAGCCGGUCCGCUGGCGGGGGAAGCGCUCUCUGCCAAAGCAGGCGGAGUCGGAAACGCGAAAGCCAGAGAGUCGCCCUCCCCCAGACCGAAGGAAGGCAUUGGUGUGCGAGUGUGUGGUAGUGGAGUCAAGCGAAAAUAACGUGAUCAACAGGCCCCCCCCGGGAGCCAGCAGCGUGUCUCGGACUGAGAUUUCACCGCGACUGGCCGGUAAACACCGAGAGGUCGGGUCUCUGCGAGGAGCCGAGCUACCGUCCACCGUCUCCGCGUGAAGAGCCCGGGCCGAGGCCGACGGUCCGCCGAACCUCCGCGGAUACCGAUAAAGGAGAUCCGCCAGAGAGCCGUCGUAGCCGGGGGGAAUCUCUGACCGAUGGACGGGCUCACCGGGAGUCUGGACGACAGCAUGUCGGGCCACAGCGCGUCGGACGUGACGGAGCGUCUGGCGGCGCUGGAGCUGCGCGUGCAGCAGCAGGAGGACGAGCUGAUGGUGCUGAAGGCGGCGCUGGCCGACGUGCUGCGACGCCUGGCCGCCACCGAGGAGGCCAAGACCCCCGCCUCCGCCAAGAAACCGGGGAAAGGCGGGACCCCCCUGCGCGAGGCCUACUCCCUGUCCUCCAUCUCCAACGGGGGGCCGGCAGGACGCCCCGCCCACCGGCCCCGGGACUCCUCCUCCGUAUCCGUCACACGCAAGGACACACUGUCCUCCGCCGCCAAGAGCGGAGUUGAGGAGAGGAGGAAGGAGGCGGGCCGGCCCCAGAUGGAGGGCAUCCAGGAGAACCAGGAGGCCUCUCCCGCCGCUGCCUCCUCCUCCUCCGCCGCCUCCCCCGCCCCCUCCCCCUCCCCAAGCCACCCCUCCUCCCCCCACCCCCCCCAGAUCCAGCGGGCCGCCGGCCAAUCAGCGGACUCUAUCAAAGGCCCCUCCCCCCUCAAAAGGGGUUCCAGUGCUAAGCGCUCCUCUGGGAUGGAGCGCUCUCAGAGCAGCACCUGGGACGGGGGGGAGGAGGGGCGGAGCAAGCUGGUGAAGGCGGCCUCCACCUCCAGGCUGCUGGCCAAGGUGGUGAAGAACAGCGACAGACACAAAGAUCCUGUGGUGAACCAAGCUAAAAUGUCCACGCGUGAGAAGAACAGCCAAGCAGAGGGGAACCACAUCAAAAUGUUCAUGCGCGGCCGGCCAAUCACCAUGUUCUUCCCGGCGGAGGUGGAGAACUACGACGACGUGAAGGCGGAGCUUCCCCCAGAGAGGCUGAGGCUGGAGUGGGUGUACGGCUACCGGGGGCGGGACUGCCGGGCCAACGUGUGCCUGCUGCCCACCGGGGAGGUGGUGUACUUCAUCGCUUCCGUGGUGGUGCUGUUCAACCAUGAGGAGCGCACCCAGCGCCACUACCUGGGCCACACCGACUGUGUCAAGUGUCUUGCCGUCCAUCCAGAUAAGAUCCGUAUCGCUACAGGACAGAUCGCCGGCGUGGACAAGGAUGGCCGCGCCGUGCAGCCCCACGUCCGUGUGUGGGACAGCGUCAGUCUGUCCACGCUACAGAUCCUGGGUCUGGGGACCUUCGAGAGGGGGGUGGGCUCGCUAGCCUUCUCCAAGGCGGACUCCGGCCACCACCUCAGUGUUAUUGAUGACUGUAACGACCACAUGCUGACCGUCUGGGACUGGCAGAAGAAGAGCAAGGUCGCAGAGAUCAAAACGACCAAUGAGGUGGUGCUGUGGGUGGAGUUCCACCCCACCGACCCCCACACGCUGGUCACCUGCGGGAAGUCCCACAUCUUCUUCUGGCUGUGGGGGGGCAGCUCGCUCGCCCGCAAGCAGGGCAUUUUCGGGAAGUACGACAAGCCUAAGUUCGUGCAGUGCCUGGCGUUCCUGAGCUCGGGGGACAUCCUGACCGGAGACUCUGGGGGGAUCCUGCUGGUCUGGACCCGCAGCGCUACCGAGCCGCCCUCAGGGAAGGGCCCCAAAGCCUACCAGAUUGUGCGUCAGGUCAAGGCCCACGAGGGCAGUGUGUUCACGUUGUGUCAGAUGAGGAACGGCACCCUGCUGACCGGCGGUGGGAAGGACCGCAAGAUCAUCCUCUGGGACCACGACCUGCACCCCGAGAGGGAGAUAGAGGUCCCGGAGCAGUACGGGACCAUCCGGGCCGUGGCCGAGGGGCGCGGGGAGGAGUUCCUGGUCGGCACCUCCAGGAACUUCCUGCUGAGAGGAACCUUCAACGACGGCUUCCAGGUGGAGGUCCAGGGCCACACAGACGAGCUGUGGGGGCUGGCCUCCCACCCCUUCAAGGACCUGUUCCUCACCUGUGCUCAGGACCGCCAGGUGUGCAUGUGGAACUCGGCGGACCACUCCCUGGAGUGGACCCGCCUGGUGGAGGAGCACGGCCACUGUGCAGACUUCCAUCCCAGUGGCGCAGUCGUUGCCAUAGGAACCCAUUCUGGAAAGUGGUACGUUCUGGACGCUGAGACCACCGACCUGGUGGCGAUCCACACCGACGGCAACGAGCAGCUGUCCGUCAUGCGCUACUCUGUAGACGGAGCGCUGCUGGCCGUCGGUUCCCAUGACAACUUCAUUUACCUCUACAACGUGACGGACAAGGGCCGCAAGUACACCCGCUACGGGAAGUGCACUGGACAUUCCAGCUACAUCACCCACCUUGACUGGUCUCCUGACAACAACUUCAUCAUGUCCAACUCCGGGGACUACGAGAUCCUCUACUGGGACGUUCCUAACGGCUGUAAACUGAUCAGGAACCGCUCCGAGUGCAAAGACAUCGACUGGGCGACCUACACCUGCGUGCUCGGGUUCCACGUGUUCGGGGUGUGGCCGGAGGGAUCUGAUGGGACGGACAUCAACGCUCUGAUUCGCUCUCACAGCAGGAGGGUGAUCGCCCUCGCUGACGACUUCUGUAAAGUUCACCUGUUCGCCUACCCCUGUUCCAGGGCAAAGGCGCCCAGCCAUAAGUACAGCGCCCACAGCAGUCAUGUGACCAACGUGAGCUUCCUGCACGACGACCGCCACCUGGUGUCCACCGGCGGGAAGGACACCAGCGUCAUGCAGUGGAGGCUGGUGGAGAAGAGCUCCUCCCUGGGGGAGGGGCCCCGCAGGGCCGACCCCGCCCCCCGCCCUCUCAGCCCCGCCCUCGUCCAGGAGCCCGAGGAAGAGGAGGAGGAGGAGCCCGCCGAAGAGGUCGUGGCCAAUGGGAUGAAGGAGAGCUUACCCGAAACCCCGCCCCACUCCGAGUCGACUCCGCCCCCCUCCGACAGCACAGCCAGUCCCAAGGACAGCCUGGACCCCAGUGAGGACACGCCCACUCCCAGUGAGGACACGCCCACUCCCAGCGAUGAAGCCCUGCCCCCUUUCACACCACCCUCCUAGAGAGAGAGAGAGAGAGAGAGAGAGCGAUAGAGAGAGAGAGACAUAGAGGGUAGGGGGGAGAGAAAUGGAGAAGGAAGAGUGAGAGAGAGAGAGAGAGACAGGGAAUGAGAGAGAGAGAGAGGCCUGUUGGUCUCAGCGUUUAUUAUGCGUAUUACGCCCCCCCCCCGCCCUCGCCACCAGGCCUCUGCCAGAAUAGCCUCUGCUUCUUUUGUAAGCUGUCAGCAUCUGGAGGUGUGUGUGGUGUGUGUGUGUGUGUGUGUGUGUGUGUGUGUGUGUGUGUGUCUGAAAACCCUUCCUUGUAUCUCUGGUAAAUGCAUGUCUGUCUUUAAAUGAUCAGACACACUGACAGACGCACACAUACAUACAUGCACACAUACACAUGUACACACGAACGUAUACUCACACAUACGCAUUCAACAAAUACAAAUACACGAGUAACAGAGAUACACCCUGGUUGCUUUGGGGGUGUCGGCAGGCAAUGGUUUGGGCGGGGUUAGGAGAUGUUAAGGUGCGGGGUUAGGAGAUGUUUAAGGGCGGGGUUAGGAGAUGUUAAGGUGCAGGGUUAGGAGAUGUUAAGGGGCGGGGUUAGGAGAUGUUAAGGGGCGGGGUUAGGAGUUGUUUAGGGGUGGGGUUAGGAGAUGUUUAGGGGUGGGGUUAGGGUUUUCUUGGGGGUAGGACUGGGGUGUAGUUAGGGGUGGGGCUAAACAGUGAUUAGGGGCGGGGUUAGGAGAGUGAUGGGGCGGGGCUAGCGAACCAGAGCAAUGCUGUGAGUUAAUGAGUAGGACUCCGGGUGCUGACAGGAAGUGACAUCACAGGGCGUAGAGGGGUGGUUCCUGGGGGAGGUCCGCCCCCGAGGGCAGCUGUUUAUUUUCCUCCUUUGAGCCAUAUGUUUCUUUAGGUGUUAUUGUUACUGUACUGUAGGUCAGUGAGUGGGGCGGGGCCAGCUCUCUCUCUCCACCCCCUGUCAGCGGUGUGUAUAUAAUGGGUUUCCUCUUGUGUAUAUUUCUGCUGUCACUCGUCAUGUGUCCGCUCCACCACUAGGGGGAGACUGUCGCUGCUCCUCAUCCGUCAGCAUCUGGUCACAUGAUGUGUUUUAGCCAAUGGGGAGGGGUGGUUGUCCCUGCCACUCAGAGCUGUGUACCUAUCCUGGAUGUGGGAUUGGAGAAGGGGGGGCUCCGUUCAUAGUGUAGUAUAAUCUAUCCAUCUAUAUCUAUCUCUCUGGCCAUAUUUCUACAUGCCUAUCUAUCUUAUGUCGUUAUAUUUCUAGCGCUCUACUUCUAUCUAACGAUCUCAUUAUACUUCUGUCUCAUCGUCUCUGCUUUCUGACGUUUUGUUUUUUAAUGGAAGGGUUUGAAGAGAUCAGCUUCAAGACUCAAGUGAAACGGGGGAGGGGGGGGGGGGGAGGUUGCUGAUAAGAGAUUUAACUUGAUCAUGUGAUGUGUUUUGAGCCAAUCGUAUCUCUCAUGCAUUCCUGUCAGAAGACAGAAACCGUACUGAAGAUUUCAACCAUAAGUAAAUAAACAUUUUAAACCAA